UGAAAAAAAAAAAAAAAGUUAAAUCUGUGUUUUUUUCAUUUUUCCUUUUCAUUUCCUAAUCUUUCACAAUUUUUAUCUAUUCCCAAAAAUAACGCAUUAAAAAAUGCCUACAGUUUUCAGUAAAAUAAUAAAUAAGGUUGCCUGCCAUACUCAUAGACACACUGAAAAACAUAAUACUGAGAAGCAUACUAGCACUGAACAUCAUCAUGAAAAUCACAAUAUAUUCCAUAUUAAAGGCGCUUCGCCUGCUGCUGCUGCCAUCACAACUCAUGUUUUUGGAUAUAGAGAUGGGAUAAAAGAUAAUUAUGUAGAACCUCCCUUAGUGCCUCCCACCCAGAAUACACCAACAAAAGAACCAAGUAUCAGUCAUAUUAUGCCUUCUCUUCCUCCUGAACCUAAUAAUUCAAACGGAGGCUCGUCAGAACAAAAUACAAAAUCUUCAUCUCAAACUACAAACUCACAUAUUUAUCCUGGCCAACUUCCUUCGACCCCGCCAACAACCCCGGGAGGUUCAUUCUUAGUAGAAAAUAAUCAGCCAGCUCUAACACAAAACGAAGAACCCUCCACUCCUAUAGACAAUGACGUUACACGGCCUGAUGUUCAGCUUAAAUUAGACAACUUUGAAAUAUUGAGAACAUUAGGAACAGGAUCUUUUGGUAGAGUUCAUCUGAUACAAUCCAAAAUCAACAAAAGGUAUUAUGCUCUUAAAGUAUUGAAGAAAGCUGAAAUUGUCAAGUUAAAGCAAGUUGAACAUACAAACAAUGAGCGCGCUAUCCUGCACAGCAUUCAGCAUCCUUUUAUAGUCAAUUUCUGGGGAAGUUUUCAAGAUUCUCUAAACUUGUAUAUGGUAUUGGAUUACGUUCCAGGCGGUGAACUCUUUUCAGUCUUACGAAAAGCAAAGAAAUUUAGUAAUGACGUAGCUAGAUUUUAUGCGGGUGAAGUAUUACUAGCCAUUGCCUAUUUGCACAGUAAAAAUAUUAUUUAUCGUGAUCUGAAGCCAGAAAAUCUACUUUUGGAUGCGCAUGGACACAUAAAAAUCACUGAUUUUGGUUUUGCCAAAAUAGUACCAGACAUCACUUGGACCUUGUGUGGUACACCGGAUUAUCUAGCUCCUGAAAUUAUACAAACGAAGGGGUACAGUAAAGCGGCUGAUUAUUGGGCUUAUGGUGUACUUAUCUAUGAAAUGUUGGCAGGUUACCCACCGUAUUAUGACGACAAUCAAUUUAAAUUGUACGAGAAAAUUUUAACCACAGCACCACAAUAUCCUUCAUCAAUCGAUGCAACAGCGAGAGAUUUACUUAAACAUUUGUUGACAACCGACUUAACUCAACGGUACGGUAAUUUGAAAGCGGGCUAUUUUGAUAUUAAGAAUCACAAGUGGUUUGCCCCCAUCGAUUUUGAAGAAUUAGCUCAGCGCAAAAUUAGGCCACCUCAUAUUCCUCACUUGAAGGGUGCUGGUGAUGCCAGUAACUUUGACAAAUACUCUGAGGAAAUCUAUCCGUAUGGAAUUCAUCAACAAGAUCCAUAUCGUGAUCAAUUCCCUGACUUCUAAGGAACUUCCAUUUUAUGUACAUAUAUUUUCCAAAUAGUUUGUUUCUAACACACACACACUGUAUGUAUUCAGAUAAUAAAAACAUUGUAAAUAGAAAAAA